GUAUCCCACAUUGAUUGCAUACCUGUGGAAUUAUUGAAUACGCUUUAUGUGUAACGUGUUUGGACCGAUGGCGCAGUUUGACACUUAUUAAACUACCCUUAAUUAUCGAAAAAGAUAUACUCCCCCAUGUAUGGGCUAGAUAACUGCCAAGUAUCACAUAAUAUAACCUAGGCACCUCCUAAGGUGGGAGGGAGGUAUUAUAAGAGAUAGGCAACUGAAAUAUCGAGUGCCUAUCUCGAAACCUUCUCCACAUUGUCUUGAUGACAAGUAAAAGAAGCUCUUUCAAUUACUCUUCUGCUCCUUUUUUUCCUUUUUUUUUCUAAAAAAAUACCUAAUGUUAAUAAGUAUGCCGAUCUAUAAUCUUAGAUAGGGUUUAUUAUCAUUCGUGGUUUUGUUCUGUUGACUACCAAAUGCCAACUAUACGUUCAUCCAAGUCUCAUUUACAAAACCUCGCAACCUCAGAUGAGAGGAUAUAUACAUCGGUUGAGCAGCCACUUGAAAAAUCUACCCCUCUCAUGCCACUGUCUACGAAUAGCAUCGAAGGGUUGCAACUAAACCCAUUGCCAUUGAAGCUUCCACCCGAGAGACAGUCUAGUCCAAUGGGGACUACGAAGAAAAACUUACCCUCGAGCUCUCCUCAGUUUUUGUUCCCUCUACCACCAUCGAAAUCAGCCGAUACUCCCCAUUCUUCUGUUCCACCGCCUUAUUCUUCAGUUGCCCCAUCCACGUCCUCGUCCGCUGAGGACUUUCGGAAGAACACCAAUAGCGAAUGUAUGGGAAGACCAAUUAAUGCCAUCCGCCGUACCCAAUCUACAGCUGACGUUCGGGGCCCUGGCCAAUGGAAACCGCUACCGGCUAGGCCAUUAGAGUGCAAGGGAAAACAAAACAGCUCUCGACCAACGCGGCCGCCAACAGACGACGUUCGGGUGAGCGCAAAAGAAGGAAAAGAGCGGCCCAGUGUGAAGUCACAACCAACUAUGAAUCAGGACAAGAAUCCAAAAAGCUCUACAAACUCGGCGAGCGCAGAGACGGAGGACAAGGGGAGUAGAGGAAGGCUUAUGAACGAACAGAUAUUAUGGCUACAUCGAAACUACCGGGGCGAAGCCACAUUCUUGAAGGCAUGGGGUCUACAUGCUACCCGCGACGCAGACCGAGAACGCGGACGUGAAAUAAUACGGAUGCUCAUGGCCGCAGAGUCGACGAAAGGUAAAGAGCAACCAAGAGACAAGAAUUAUCAAAGUCAAGUGGAUAAAUUACAGCACAAGACGUCGCCAACCUUGGAAUCAGGGGACAACAAUGAUUUAGGAAUAAUUGAGGAAUAAAUAUAAAAAAUG